AUGAAGCUACCAGAAGUCGAAACACCGUCUUAUUACAAACCCGGGGCAAUCUUGACGCUGCAACUUGCCCCAGACGAUAUAACAUGCCUCGUCGAAGUCAUCAAACCGUUUAUUCCGUUCACAAUCUCUCAGGUUCUCCUAUGCAAACCUGCUGAAUCUCAAACAGAGCCAUCACACCCCCUAAUUGAUCAGCUCCCCGAGGCGUUUAUUGUCAAAGUGUACGAUCCAAGGUACAUGGAUCAUCGUCUUCCUUUCAAGUCUCGACCUGCGAGACCUUGGUCGCUAGAUGGUGAGCAAGAGGCAGCGACUCGGCGCGAGGAGAGAGGCUGCCCUGGACGAGACGCCAACUAUGACCUCGCAAACUGGCCCGAGGAAGACGACGACAAGCCAGGAUGGGAAGAAUGGUAUUUCCAAUCCGCAGAGGACCAGUACUAUCACGAGUCGGAAGCAUACAAACGCCUCGAGCCGGUACAGGGCGUUACAAUCCCUCGCUGCUAUGGGUAUGGAACACUGAAGCUCCCCCAGCGAGCGAUAUCUCCGCACAUACUUGUGAUAGAGUACAUUUCGGAUGCGGAAACGCUGGAGAAGAUAGAUCCCGCAUGCGUACCUCCAGAACUCGCACAAUCUCUCUUAAACGGAAUCAAAGAGGUUAACCAACUUGGGGUCGUGCACACAGAUCUCAACCCAGGAAACAUUCUAUUGACCCCACGCGAUCGACCAACUCGUGCCGUGGUCAUCGACUUUGGUCAUGCAGGAUUACGCGAGGAAGAAGAUGACGAGACGUGGAGGGAAGUUCUUGAAGAGAAUGACGACCCGUAUUGGAUGAGAGCGCGUCUGAAGCGCUCACUUGGGGAGGAUAUUCUCGGUUCGAGUGGUGCUGCACCGGCCGCAUGA